AUGAGGACUCAGAGACAGGGGGAGGAAGCUGAUAAGGGGGAAAGAAAGGUGGUGAACAUCCGCUGGACAAAGCAGCCACUGUUCUUGGAGAACCCGGCAGUGCCCAGAAGGUACCUGGGCUCACUGCUCCCAGAUGACCAGCACCAGAAGAAGGAGGGAUUUCAGUGCAAGGAGGUCAUGGUGCAGAAAAUAACCACCUCUACAAGGGAUGCCUCUGGAAGCCUGGGGCAGUAAAGGUCCAUGAUAAAAGCCAGCCCAGCUCCUUGCUCUCUCAUCCACUUCUCUUGCCUCCUUCUCCUUGGGAGUCAGGUCCACCUCCAGCCCAGAGACAUGUCAUGCUACAACCAGUGCCUGCCAUACCGGCCCUACGGCCCAACCCCGCUGGCCAACAGCUGCAAUGAGCCCUGUGUCAGGCAGUGCCAGGACUCUACCGUCGUCAUCCAGCCCUCCCCCGUGGUGAUGGCCCUGCCUGGCCCCAUCCUCAGCUCCUUCCCACAGAACACCAUUGUGGCCUCCUCCACCUCCGCUGCUGUUGGCAGCAUCCUCAGCUGUGACGGAGUGCCCAUCACCUCUGGGUGCUGUGACCUGGCAUUUCCAAGCGGCUACUGUGGCAGAAGGUGCCCCUCCUGCUUAAUCUCCAGGUGA